UAAAUACAAAUUGGUGAUUUGAAUUUCCCGCCAUUUCUUUGACCCUCCUGUCAUGUUAUAAAUGUACCAACAUCAUAACUCGAUGCAUCAGCUUACUUUUUCGAACAUUAAAAAUUAAACAAAAUUCAAAACUGUGUUUUAAAUAUAAACAACCAUCAUGAACAUCUGAAAAUCAUUUAUCGUUCUCAAACAAGAGAAUAAUUUUGAUUGUCUUUAAAUAUUUUCGAUUUUGUGAAGUGCUACAUCUUACGAUUGAACUAAAUCACUCAUUCGCCAUUUGCAAUUUAAUAAUUCUUCGUGACUCUUCGGGAGUGUGACUGAAAAUAGUAUAAAUUUUUAAUAUUUAUUGCAAGGGGGCACGUAAAAUAAGUAGUUAAUAUAAACGGAUUAAAUAGCAAGGAAAGAAGAUUGAUUUAUAACAUAAAUUAGUUCUAAGGCAAACCCCAAUCCUUCUUCGAUCGAUCUUAUAGUUAAAUGACGAUUUAAAACUGAUUAUCGUCCUUGUUAUAAAAGAUUUUAACCGAAAACACAAAAUCAAUCAAAAUGAGCGUCAUUAUAAGGCUGCAGAACCUGCCGUGGAGCGCGAACGCUAUGGACAUCCGUACUUAUUUCCGGGGGCUGUCGAUUCCGGAAGGAGGCGUUCACAUCGUCGGAGGAGAGAUGGGCGAUGCCUUCAUCGCCUUCAGUACCGAUGAAGAUGCUCGACAAGCGAUGAUGUCCGAUGGAGGCAAAAUCAAAGACGUACAAGUUAAACUGUUUCUGUCCUCUCGCGCCGAAAUGCAGAAAAUUAUCGAGGCAGCUCGCCAACAGGCUAUGGCAUUCAUGGGCAUCCCCACACAACCACCCAUAAUAACUAAUAUCCUCCCUCAAACCAUGCCUCAACCAGAAAUUAGCACAAAGCCAAUCGAAGUCGAUGGUAAAGAUGAUUGUAAUACACGGAAUGAUGAUUCCAAGGAAAAUGGUAGAGACACCAGGGCCAUUUCCAGGGAUGAUUCUAGCAAGAGAAGUGGACGAGAUCGCGACAGGAGCACCAGAUCGCGUUCCAGAGACCGCAGGAGGGAAAGGUCACGAUCUAGAGAGCGCAGAGAACGUAGACGCCGCGAAAGGAGCAGAAGCCGUGACAGGAGAAGUUCUAGAAGAAGCGGCAGGCGUGACAGAUCGCGUGAUCGAUCCAGGACGCGUGAACGUGACUCCAGACGGUCCAGCAGACGCGAUGACAGUGACAAAUCUAAGUCCAACUCAGGUUCACCAGUUAACAAGAAAUCAGGUAACCCAAUACAAGUUUGGGACAAUAGCUCCAAUGGUAAUGAUACCAAACAUAUCAAUUUUAACGGAACCAUCAAUCAGCAACAACCUACUCCAACAACAACAUUUAACUCAUGGUCAUUACCACCACCAAUAAACAUCAGUGCUGACCAGUUGUCGAGGUUGCAGAAUUUGGAGGGUCGAAGAAAUCCUGCAGCAUUCCAGAACACAACCUCUAAUUCGAGUUUUUUCAAUCAGGACAAACCACUGAUGCUCAACAGCACACAAGGCACAUGCAUCCAUAUGAUCAACUUGGAUCAAACAACUAGUUAUGGUGAAAUACGAGCCAUAUUCUCAAAGCUUCAAAUUGCUCAGAAUGGUAUAAAAAUUGUGAACGAUAAAAGAGCCAAUAAAAGGACAGCUUAUGUUCGUUUUACUCGCUUGGAUCACAAAAUUCAGGCUUUGGCUUGCAACGGACAGCAGAUCCGCGGCAAAUUAGUAGAAGUACGAACUAUUGAUGAUCAACAGUUUGAAGAAGCUGUAGAUUCCUGCCGUCCUCCUGCUCCAACCAACAGCGCAUCCAUAGAAAUUGACUCAGACACUGAUGGUGAACUGCACAUUGCAGAUGAAUCGAAUGGUAAUAAUAAGAAGCCUGAUGACGGUUUAAAUUUAGGUUUUACUGUUUUGAAAUUAGAUGGUGUGCCCACAUUUGCCAAAGAACAUCACAUCAUGAAGAUGUUUUCUGAUUAUUCUGUUGCAAAUAUCCACGUUGUAGAAAACGGUGGUUCAAUGUGUCCAAAGGAAUCAAGGAGACAACACUUGGCUUACGUGGAGUUCCACAGACCAGCAGAUGCUGCGUUUGCUUUGAAUGACGAAAACAGGCAUGUUAUUGGGCAUAAAACAAUAGCAGUCACAUCUUGCAGUAAAAGGGAGAUGCAGGAUGCUAAAAAUGGCAGUUGUUUUGGGAAUAAAUUAUUUUCCGGCAACAAUUUGGACUCGGAUGAUAUGAAAACUGGUUUUUUGAAAGAUCCCAGACAAAAACGCAUGGACGAUAUCAACGCCAAGUUCUUGCUAGGCAACAAUUCCUUGAUGUUCGAUAAAAAUAGAUUCAAUAACCAGAUGCCGAUGGACUUCAACAGCAGACCACCAGUUUUGAUAAAUCAGCCUAACAUUGAACAGUCGAAUGAUUUCCAGGACACAGAUUGGGUUGUUUUGACGAAUCUUCCCAUAAAAAUUAGUGAUAGGGACAUCAUGGACUUCUUUUCAGACGUUGGUCUGGUGCCUAGCCGUUUGCAUCUCUUGCCGGGGAAUCAAACCGGAGGAGAAUCCCGAUCAGUCGAUGGUGCACGUUGUUAUUGCAGAUUUGAAGGUGGACCAGACGAUGUUCGUCGCGCUUGCACCAAAGAUGGUAUGCCUUUAGGCAUGUCCCGAAUUUCGGUAGCCCCCGUCAAGCAAUCAGUGGUCGAAUCCGCCACCGGAUCCAAAGAAGCACCGCCAUCGGUCUUUCUCAAACCGCCACCUAUAAUAAAUCCCACCAGGAUCGAAACGAGUCAGCCGCCUCCACAACAUUCCCAAGCACCGCCUUUGAUGAACCUGAACAUCAGCCAGCCUUUUAAUGGACCCCAGACUAUGCUGGGUCACAAUGCUCCUCCGAUGAUGAUGCGUGGUGAUGCUCACAUGGGAAUGCGAAGACCACCUCCCGUGUUCCCAGGACGUGGCGGUCGAGGCGCUGGCAGAGGUCUUGGUUUUCCUGCCAGAGGAGGACGCGGUGGUGGCGGUAUCGGUGGUCAAUUUAAUGGUAUGGGUGGUUUUCCACGAAAUCAAGGUCCUGACAGCGCCGGUGUCGAUGGUUUUGGAGCACCAGGAUGUGUUGUGUCAAUGGAGAAUGUGCCUUUCCGAGCAGGUGUCGAAGAGAUUUUGGAAUUCUUUAGAGGUUUUGAUAUACCUCGAGAGAAUAUUAUAAGAAGAUUCAAUGAUCAAGGUAAUCCAACGGGUGAUGCUAAAGUGGCUUUCAGUAAUCCUCAAGAUGCCAAACGAGCUGUCGAGACUCGAUUGGCAAGGGGUCCUAAUUGCAAGAUAAGAGACAGGCGGAUAUAUUUGACUAUUACAUAGACUAUGUAUUACUUAUGUAUUUAGAGUUAUAAGAAAUUUUGUACAUAAGCUACUCAGAUUGCCGGUAAUGGAUUUCUUUGCUCAGUGACAAGCAGAAAUGCCAAAGGAGUAGAAUAAAGAUUGUAAAUAUUAGACUGAUUUAUGGAUUUAAUUUUAUUUUUAAUAUUUAUCAAUAUUAUUUAG